AUGUUCUGGUUUCGACUAGAGGCGAUAAAAAGAUCAGUCGACCGACAAAACAUAACGGCCCGUUUGGAUGAGAUCUUGACGAGAGCGGCCGAGCUUUUAAAGACCAAUGGAAAUUGGGCCGUGAUUGGUGGGGGGCUCUCGAACGAUGUAAUAAUGAUCGAUCAAGAAAAAAUGAGAGAAUUUCUCGGUCGGUUUCCUUUGUGGUGUAAAAAUGUGGUGCAAAUGGGCUUAGCUGGUGCAGUUAGGAGUGCCUUUGAAGCUGCUUUUGGUGAUGGUGAAAAAUGCCAUCAUAGCUAUGAGAUGAUAAUACCAUUUGAAGAAGGUUUGGUUGAGAAAACAAUGAUUUGUGGCUCUUGCAAACGCUCUUUGGAGAGAUUUAUUGUUUAUAAAUGUGAAGAAUGA